AUGGUCAAAAUGAUAUUGCAUAAAUAUAUACUAUGUACUAAACUACUCAUGCCGAAAAAUGCCAAUUCUUACUUUUUAGUUAUCUUUACGUAUCAUUUCUAUCAUUUUAGAUAUUCCCCCUUGAACGCAAUGCGUGCUGUGAUACAACGUGUUAAAAAUGCUUCUGUUAGUGUAAAUGACUCGGUUGUCUGUGAAAUCGGUCGUGGAAUACUCGUCCUCAUUGGUUUGUCAAGACGAGAUACAGAAACUGAUAUGAAGUAUAUUGUACGAAAAAUACUGAAUAUUCGUUUAUUUCCUUCUCCAGAUGGUACACGUCGUUGGGAUAAAAGUGUUAAAGAUUUGAAUUUGGAAAUCCUUUGUGUCAGCCAAUUUACACUUUAUAGCGAGUUGAAAGGUAAUAAAUUAGAUUUUCACUGUGCUAUGGAUCCAAAGUUAUCAAAGGAUAUGUAUUCACAGCUUGUGGAUCAAAUAAAGAAAAAUUACACUGAAGACAAAGUUAAAGAUGGAAUUUUCGGUGCAGUGAUGGACGUCAGUCUUAUCAAUGAUGGACCCGUUACUAUUACACUUGAUUCGAAUCCGGAUAUCAAUCGAAACAUUACAUCAGAUCCAUGUGAUAGUAAAAAUCAAGAUGUAUAAUAACUUGCAACUUAUUUAAUUAUUGAAUAAAUUUGUAAAAAAGAACAUUUUUUCAUGGCUUUAUUUUGCAUCUUUUACAAAUUUUAUUUGUUAGUUUUACGCUAUCGAAUCUUAUAGCUUCGCGGAAUAAUUAGUUCUUCUGGAAUUUUCACCAUUUAUCUAAUUUUGACGAAAACAUUCGUUAGUAGAGCAUUUUGUUGCUCAUUCUGUCUGCUGGUUAAUUCCAGUUCCGUUGUUGUGUUGAUAAUAUAAACAUAUAUAUUGUUC